AUGGAUUACUAUGUUAACGAAUGUGCCAGUAACCCGUGUCAGAAUGGCGCCGCGUGCUCUAACGGAAGGAACGAGUACACGUGUACAUGUGCUGCUGGAUGGACGGGAACUAACUGUGAUGUUGACAUCAACGAAUGCGCAAGUAAUCCGUGCCAGAAUGGAGCCACGUGCCACAAUCAGCAGAACAUGUACACGUGCGAGUGUGCAGGAGGCUGGACGGGCACACACUGUGAACAAGAUAUUGACGAGUGUGCGAGCAACCCGUGCCAGAACGGUGCAGCAUGUGCUAAUGAACAGAAUCGUUACACAUGCACGUGCACGGGAGGGUGGACAGGCACUGACUGUGAUAUAGAUGUAAAUGAAUGCGCGAGCAACCCAUGCGAAAAUGGAGCCACGUGUAACAAUGAACAGAAUCAGUACUCGUGUACAUGUGCUGGUGGUUGGCAAGGAUAUAACUGUGACCAAGAUAUUGACGAGUGCUUGAGCAGCCCGUGCCAGAAUGGAGCCACGUGUAACAAUCUACAGAACCAGUACACGUGCACAUGCGCUGGAGGCUGGCAAGGAUACAACUGUGAUAUUGACAUAAAUGAAUGCGCGAGCAAUCCAUGCCAAAAUGGAGCCACGUGUCACAACAACCUGAACAAUUACACGUGUACAUGUGUCGCUGGAUGGCAAGGCUAUGACUGUGAUACAGACAUUGACGAAUGUGCGAGCAACCCAUGCGCUAAUGGAGCCACGUGCAACAACCUGCUUGACCUUUACACGUGCGACUGUGCUGGAGGUUGGCAGGGAUACGACUGCGAUGUUGUGAUUGGAUCACCGAUGGAUGGUCAGUGGGGACAAUGGGAAGCAUGGCAAGGCUGUUCAGUGACCUGUGGCACAGGAAGACAGCGCCGGUACCGAGCCUGCGAUGAUCCACCACCGGACUAUGGCGGUCAGCCCUGCGUUGGUGAUUCUUUUGAUGAGAAUGUAUGCACUGGACUAGGAACGUGUGCAGCUCCGGUCGAUGGAAAUUGGGGUGCGUGGUCAGCACUGUCUCCGUGCACUGCCACAUGCGGUACAGGAUAUGCAACAAAAGCGAGAACUUGUGACAAUCCUGCUCCAAGCAAUGGCGGAAAAGUGUGUUCCGGUGAUACUAUGGUCGUGGAACAGUGCACGGUUUCUGCGUGUCCAGCUGCAGUGCCUGGAAACGGAACAGGAUCGUCGAGCUAUGGGGCCGCUUACACGAGUGUAUGCCCAGCCGGCUACUUUACGUGCUUUUCUGGGACAAUUACGUGCAUACAGGAAGUAUUUAGGUGCGACUGUUUUGCUGACUGCGAUGACUCAAGUGAUGAAAAUGAACAUUGGGCAGGGUGUGAUCCCGCCAUCUUGCAGCUGUGUGAUGACGCUCCAGGUAUACACAAGGGAUUCUUUAUGGCAGCAAGUCUCGUUCUGUUGCAGGCAGUGUUUAAAUGGUUGAUAAAUUAA